CGAGGAGCAGGCAGUAGGUCGCUCUCUCAGGACUCUGCUGUUCCGCACCAUGGAGUUCGCGUGGCUGCCGCUCUUCCUCGCCCUCGGUGGGCUCCUGGGGGCCCGCGGUCUGCAGGAGAUCGACGUGUUCCCCUCCCGUGGUGGAGAUAUCCGCGACUUCAUCGUCGCUGCGCGCUGGGUCUACGUCGUCACCGGCGACUACCUUUACCAGCUCAACCUCAGCCUGGGGCUGCUACACAGUCUGACGCAGAGAGGGGAAUACAUAGGGUCCCGUUUUUCUGGACGGUUUAACAGGACUUUGGAGGGGGGCACUUCCACUUUUAGCGUCAAUACCUUGGCGCCACUUGUGGAGCGCAACCUGUUGUUCACCUGCGGUGCGCUGAACUGCGGCUUCUGUGAGACGCUGAACUUGACGGACAUAACUCGGAUAUUAAGCGGGGAGGCUUAUGCAUUGAGUCCUGUUGUGCCAAAAGGCGCCUCAGUGGGAUUUGUGGUUGACGUGAAUGAAGAGUCUUACAUUUUAUCUGCUGCUGAAGGGUUCGAAGGAAUCAACGAAAAAAACUGUUCGGUGAUUAAGAGAGUAUCGAAAAUACGUCUUCAUAACACACAUGACAGUCAGGAUGGAGGACUGUUCUCGUCUUUAGACAGUAGUGAUAACCCGGAAAUCUUUGCGCGUCGUGCCGGUGUCCAGUUUGUUGAUGCAUUUCAAAUCAAAUCGACUAUUUUUAUUUUUUCAAACUUAAAUCACGUAGAAAAACCCCAUAAAGUUCGUCUACUUUGGUUUGCGGACAAAUUGAAUAAAACCAAAACGUUGAGGUCCCUGCGAGGUGCGAUACUCGUAUGUUGUGAAGGUGUCGAAGUGCACCAGAGACUCGUUUCUUCUUCGGUGGUUCUUGGGGACCAACCGGUCCUCUGGGCAGGGAUAUUUACCGACCAUGACGUCACUAACACGGAGCUCGCCGUAUAUGACGUCAGUCCGCCAACUGAUGCACCGACCUACAGGGACCCAGACUUUGGCUACACAGGAGAACCUUCAAAGGGUGACGUGCCCAUCACGCUGAGGCCAUUGCGCGUGCUGCUGAAGCAUCCUUACAUGACGUCGGUGCUCGCGGUCAAGCUCAACAACUGGCUGAUCGUCUUCAUCGGCACCGGAGACGGUCAACUGCUGAAGCUGACGGUGGACGCCAAGCUCCAGGCCCAGUGUCUCAGCGUCAUCUGGAAGGCCCCCGACGACCGCCGCGUCUUUCCCAAGAUGCACCUGGACCCCGUGGGCCGCAAGCACGUCUUUGUGGCGGUUAGGGACAAGUUGAUGCGUGUUCCAGUGUCUCAGUGUGUUCAACACAGCAGUCUGCAGUCCUGCUGGAACGCCCGUGACCCGUACUGCGGCUGGUGUGGAGCUCUGACACGAUGCAGCUUUGAGGACGAGUGUCCAUCUUCUCUGUGGCUGUCCGUCCCAGAUGACCUCAGACAGCGGCGGAUGCUCUCCCACAGCUUCCAGGAAGACGCAGAAGGAAAGAUCACGCUGGUGGUCUUCACCCACCUGAAGAGAGGUGGAGCUCCUGCUAACUUCUCCUGCCGAUUCGACUCAAGCGUCGGAGUGCUGGGAGGACUAGGGCAUCGAUACCCAGAAUGCACCUGCCUGCUGCCUCCUGUGAUUGCAGGCCUGCGUGUGAGCGUCACGGUGAGCCUGGGGGAAGUGGAUGUGACUGAAGAACUGAACCUCCUCAACUGCUCUGGGAUCACCGGAGCUCCCACUCCCCUACUGUGUAGCCAGUGCCUCGCUGCCGGUUGUGGGUGGAGCAACGGGGCCUGUACGUGGACACGCAGAGGAGCUCUGAAUAUGUCCAUCUGCCAGGGUCUGCAGACCGGGGUUGACUCUCUGCCAGAGAUAUUCAACAUUACCCCGAGUGAGAUGUCCUUCUACGGUAAAAACAACGCGGUGCUGACGGGAAGGAACCUGGGUCAUGUGAUCGGAGUUCGGCUUCAAGGACACCUGGACUGCAGCGCGAAAGAGGCUUCGGUGAGGCUCAAUACGGGGGCCAGCCUGACCUUCCACAUCCCCGCCGGAGACAAGGGCCGGGUCGAGGUCUGCCUCCUCCUGCCCGACGGCGGUUGCCACGGCAACGCGUUGCUCACCUACCGGUCGGCGCCGGUCUGCGCCUCCAUCUCCCCGCACAGCACCUGGGCCAGCGGGAAGAGGAGGAUGAACAUCACGGUGUCCAACCUGAAGUUUGUCGAUGAGGUCAUCCACAGCCACACAGAUGAAAGGGUCAACUUCUCCGAGUCAAGCGACCAAUCUCUGCAGUUCGAGAGCCUGGCGGCAGACCGCGACCCCUUCAGCAGCUCUGUGACCCUGAGGGUAGCCAAUCACACGCUGGCCUGCCCCAACGCCAUCCACCACCUACGGCUCACCAUAGAGAAAAAGUCAGAUGAGCUCCAGAUGGCCCCAGAGGACCUGCGGGGGAAGGGCGCCCAGGGCGGUGAAGACUACGACUGUGUUAUCACAAAAAUCGAACGCAGCAACGGCACCGACAUCAUCACCUGCGUCAUCAAGAUCUCAAUUGAUGCGGAGAUAACAGCAGUGAAGAUAAUGUACGGAAGCCAGACGAAAGUCCUGACGCACUUUGACUACCUCAAACUGCUGCUCCUUCUCCUCGUAGUUCCCUUGAUCGUGGGCACGGGGGUGGGCGUCUACUGCUGGCAGAAGAGGAGUCUCACCGCCCGGAUGAACAAUCUCAUCGAGGUCCUGGAGAUGGACAUCAGGAACGACAUCCGCCAAGGGUUCGUGGACAUGCAGACGGAGGACUCGGACCUGAUUGAGAACGUGGGGGCGAUCCCCUUCCUGGACUACAAGCACUUUGCCGCCAAGAUCUUCUUCCCCGAGGGGGGAAGUCUGAUGACGGCGUGCCUCAAAGACAUCAGCCAGGACCCGAGGAAGAUGGAGAAGCAGGACGAUGGCUGCGGGCGCCUGGCCCAGCUGCUCAGAGAGCCCUUGUUCCUCACCUCCAUGGUGCACACCUUGGAGGAGCAGAAGUCCUUCACCAUCCAGCACAAGUGCACGGUGGCCUCCGUCCUGACGGUGGCGCUGCACCGCGACCUGGGCUACCUGACGGAGGUGAUGGAGCAGCUGCUGCGGGUGGCCAUGGAGCAGCCCAGCAACGGCCAGCACAAGAUGGUGCUGCGCCGCACGCAGUCCAUCGUGGAGAAGGUCCUCACCAACUGGAUGUCCAUCUGCCUGUACGGCUUCCUCAGGGAGAGUGCGGGCCAGCACCUGUACUUCCUGGUGAGCGCCCUGACGCAGCAGAUCGCCAAAGGACCCGUGGACUCUGUCACCGAGAAGGCUCUCUACACCCUCAGUGAGGACUGGCUACUGUGGCAAGCCCAGGACUUCACUGCUGUCAAGCUGCAGGCGGUGUUCGUGGUGGGCGGCGACGGGCAGCUCAGCGAGCCGCUGGAGGUGGAGGCGCUCAGCUGUGACACCGUGGACCAGGUCAAACUCAAGAUCCUGGCCGUCUUCAAGGCCAAGUUCGGCUUCGCCUACAACAUCCCGCUCCGGGACAUCCGGCUGGAGCUGGAGCAGGGCCCCGGUGUGUUUGUGGCCCUGGAGGAGGUGGACCGCAGCUCGGAGGUCAUCGGGGAGGUCACCAUGCUGAACACACUCCGCCACUACAAGGUGCCGGCUAAAGUCACAGUGAAGGUCCUGUCUACCGGCUGCCAUCCACCACUGGUCUCACAGAGCAGUGUGAAGGAUGAUCAGAAUUUCUCCGUCAAGUACUUUCAUCUGAUCGAUCCUGACGUGUGUGAGGACCAGGGCAUGAACCCAGAGAGGAAGAAGUUGAAGCUGAAGGAAGUACAUCUCACCAAGCUGCUGUCCACCAAGGUGGCGGUCCACUCCUACAUGGUCAACCUGUUUCGGGGGAUCUGGGGCGUGGGCCCCGGCAAAGCCCCCCCCGCCAUCAAACACUUUUUCGACUUCCUGGACGGCCAGGCGGCCAGAAUGAAGAUCGCCGACCCGGAGGUCCUGCACAUCUGGAAGACCAACAGUCUGCCGCUGCGCUUCUGGGUGAACAUCCUGAAGAACCCCCAGUUUGUGUUCGACAUGGACAAGUCGGACCACCUGGACGGCUGUCUGUCCGUCAUCGCUCAGGCCUUCAUGGACUCCUUCUCCCUGACGGACACCAAGCUGGGCAAGCACGCGCCCACCAAUAAGCUUCUGUAUGCCAAAGACAUCCCUCAGUUCAAACAGGAAGUGAAAGCGUAUUACAAUUGUGUCCGGGAACAGCAGCCGAUCACCACAGCUGAAUUCAAGGAUUUCCUGCUAGAAGAGUCAAGGAAACACGACAACGAGUUCAACGAGCCGGCGGCUCUCCGAGAGCUCUACAAGUUCAUUCAUCAGUAUUUCACGGAGAUCGAGCAGAAGCUGGAGCACAGCGGCGCCCCUGCUGAGCUUAAAGAGCAACUGAAGCAGGUCAAGAAUCAGUUUGAUGGCCAGAAAAGCUGCUCUUGGGACUGAUAGAAAUUAUGCAAAAGUGGCUUUAUUUGCAUUUCUUCGUUAUCGCAGUGACGCUCUUAAAAGACUUCCUGUGUCAACAGUGAAAUGAGAUCUCAGAAGGGAUGAGAAGAGGAGAAACAAUGUUAUUUAUUGUUCAAAUCUCUAGCAAAUGGGACCAGUAAGCACUGCUUUAGUUUGGACGCUCUCCUCUUGGAGGCCAUGGUCAAAUUCCAGGUAGAACCGGUUUGUUUCAUCCUUCUGCUAUUAAUUGUCCCAGUGACACUAGCUGUGUUCGAAAUCGUUCCCUAUCAUGGAUGUAGUGCACUAAAUAGG